AUGGGCGGCAACAACAACAACAAAGGCAAGGCACCCAAGGUGCACGCGGGCGAGAGCUUCGCCGACGCCGUGCGCGAGGGUACGCCAGCGGACCCCAACGGGGACCAGAACGCGCGCCUGAAGCCCGGAGAGACCUACGCCGACGCGGUGCAGGAGGGUCUUCCCGAGAACCACAGCUCGUCGUCUGACGCACCCCCCGCCUACUCGGCGAACGGCGCCAAGGCGUCCGACAGCAAGACGCCCUCGUCGACGGCACAGGCGCAGUCGCAGGGCGGUUCCUCGUCGCAGAACAACAAGAAUCACGCCCUGCAUCUCCCGAACGCGCACCACAGCCACAGGCUCGGAUCGCCCAGUCCCUCGCCCUCCCCUGGCGGUCAUCGGCACGGCCACCAUAGUCACCCCCACAGCCACCAUUUCUCGACCGGCGGCGGCGGUGGAGGCAGCGGCGGUAUCUUUGCCGCGCAGUUUGGGCCGGGAGGCGCAGAGGAGGGCGUCGUCAUGGUCCCCGAGAGGGAGUACAUAUACGCCCUUAUGCGCGCGCGCCGCAGGUUCUGGGCGACGCUGUUCUGGGCCCUCCUCAUCUAUCUUGUUGCUGGCCAGGCCUCGCCUCCAGUGACCAAGCUUUUCCACAGUUCUCAGAAGCUGACACUCAGUGCCAUCGUAGGCGGUGGCGUCGCGGAUGCCAACUCGCACAAGGGCAAGCACAAGGACAAGAACGGCAAGUGGCAUGACCACGCUGCCGCCGUGACUGAGGAGAAAGGUGAGCCUCUCGCCUUUGUCCGCGUCGGUGUGCCCGCCGAUCGCAGCCAGGAGGUCGAUAUGCCGUGGGACUACAGGGUGCAGGACGUGACGGCGCCUGAGUAG